AAUACUAAAGAAUAUAUCUGGUCAAUAAAUUUAGGUAUUUUUUUAAUUUAAAAAUUUAACAUAAUGAUGAUAUUAUUCUGCAACUAUUUUGUAUUUUUAUUUUAUUCAUUAUUUAAAUUAUGUAAAGGUGAUUUGUAUACUCCUAUGACUAGUUACGAAGAUUUUCUGAAUAAAGAAAUUGAAAAACACAAUCCGCAUCUAAAAGUAGAUGAUAUAAAAUCAUUAAAAAAUUAUGUAGAAAACGAUACUGAACUUAAACAGGUUAAAGAUAAAGAACUUAUUAUAUUUCUGCAUAGUGCUUCAUUUAUAGUGGAUGAUGCAUAUAAGACUAUAAAAUAUAAUUACGAGUAUAGAUCUCUUAAACCAGUAUAUUUUACUUAUAAAGAUCUCACAUCACAGGAAAUGAUACAAGUAAAAAACAUCAUCGGUUUGUCAAUUUUACGUUCAACUACAGAAGAAUGGCAUAUUUAUGCCCAACUAAAAAUCAAUGAUGCUUCUAAUUUUAUUUUUGAUGAUGUUAUCCAUUAUUUUUUCAUGAUUAUUGAAUAUUUAAUUAAAACACAAGGUGCUGUUAAUAAAGUAAUUUUUACAUUUAACUUCUUAAACUUCAGUUUUAUGCAUUCACUGAAACUGAAAAGUAUGAAUUUAUUCCCGAUGCUUACAUUUUUAAAAAAUGGUUUGCCCAUAAGAGUACAUAGAAUCAACCUUCUCAACUGCAAUUAUUUUAUUAACAUAAUCAUGAACAAAUUUUUAGACAAGUCGACCAUAGAUAUGAUAACAUUCAUAAAUGAUCCUAAAGAAAUUUUAAAUGAAGAUACAAAAGAUAUUAUGCCAAGUAAUAUUGGUGGAAAUGGAGAUGAUUUUAUUGCUUUAAGUGACAAAACAUAUGAUAAAAUGGUUAAAUUUCAAAAAGAUUAUAAAAAAAAGAAGGAAAAAAAUAAUAUUUAAUGAAAUUAUAUUAAAUUAUACCAAAUAUUUAUGUUAAUUAUAUGUAUAAUGUCAGUCAAUUAAAAAAAACAUGUUUCAUGAGUCUUGCAUUAUGUAUCCUGAUAUUAUGAAUUUUUUAGAUAAUUGUAGAAAGAACACUAUAUAUCGUCGAUACCAAUAACCACAUAUUAUAUGUUAUAGAUAUUAUAUAGACGGUUUAAUAUUUGUUUGCGAUAAAGCAGUAAUUAAAAUAUCA